GGCUGGCAGGACAAAAUGAGGCCCCUGGACGUCGACGAGGUGGAGGCACCGCAGGAGGUGGAGGUGCUGGAGCCCGAGGAGGAUUUCGAGCAGUUUCUGCUGCCCGUCAUCAACGAGAUGCGGGAGGACAUCGCGUCUCUGACCCGCGAGCACGGGCGGGCGUACAUGCGGAACCGGAGCAAGUUGUGGGAGAUGGACAAUAUGCUCAUCCAGAUCAAGACGCAGGUGGAGGCCUCGGAGGAGAGCGCCCUCAAUCAUCUUCAGAACCCAAAUGAUGGAGGCGAGGGCAGGGUGACGAAAAGGUGCGAGAAGGCCGAGGAGAAGGCCAAGGAGAUCGCGAAGAUGGCAGAGAUGUUGGUCGAGCUGGUCCGGCGGAUAGAGAAGAGCGAGUCGUCUUGAAGCAGGAUCGGCGGUGAGGUCGGAAACCAGCGCGAGCUGGCCCGAA